GAAGUAAAGGCGGGCAGUGUGUGGCCAGAGAGAGGCAGUGAUUCCCCUCAGAGAGACUGCCAUGUAAAGAGAGACAGUGAAAGUGACAGAAAGGUCUGUAAUUACACACCAUGCACAGUACUACACCUUGUCACCACGGCUCAGCUGAUUGCUUCCGAUAAUUACUAAUGACUGGCUUUGAGGAGUGCAGGAUAGAUCCAACCACAGUGCAUGCCUCAGCCCUCCUCAUUACAGCAUCCCUGUAUACCCAGACUUUGACAACAUUAAGAACGUCUGACGGCUCUACACGCUUCUGAGUUUUGGCUCCGCCGUCAAUGCACAAGACAGAUACAGUGAGCUGUUACAAUCUCUCCUCCUGCACCUGAAGUAAAAAUGCUGUGAGCUAUACCUUCAGCCAACUAGCCAUUUGGAGUCAAGAAAGCAAUCAUUCCAGCUGAUGCGGCUGCCAGACACUAAGAGUCACAGUAUUAUAAGCGGGAGGUGGUAGCAUACCGCUGGCAACAGAACUCUCUGGUGCAAUAAGGAUAUCUAUACCAAUUAUACUUGUGAGAUGGAAGCAUAUUAAACACAAAUGUGGAUGAUUUAUCAGAGGUGUUGGUUAGUAUUCAAGAAAGCUUCUAGCAAGGGGCCGAAGAGACUGGAAAAGUUUUCUGACGAGCGUGCAGCUUACUUCCGAUGUUACCAUAAGGUAAAUGUCACAGAACUCAAUAAUGUGAAAAACAUUCUCAGACUUCCGAAAACUACCAAGAAGCAUGCAGUGGGUGUAUUUUUCACGGAUGACACUUCUAAAACAUUCGCCUGUGAGUCAGAAUUGGAGGCAGAUGAAUGGUGCAAGGUGCUACAUACAGAAUGCCUUGGGACUCAGAUCAAUGACAUCAGUUUGGGAGAACCAGAUUUGUUAGCUACCGGAGUAGAAAGAGAACAGAAUGAGAGAUUCAAUGUGUAUUUGAUGCCAUCCCCUAAUUUAGAUGUCCAUGGGGAAUGUACUCUGCAGAUAACAUUUGAGAACAUCUGCCUGUGGGAUGUACAGAACCCUAGGAUGAAGCUGGUGUCUUGGCCGCUAAGCUCAUUGCGGAGGUAUGGGCGGGACCCAGCUUGGUUCACGUUUGAAGCUGGAAGGAUGUGUGACACAGGGGAAGGACUGUUUAUCUUCCAAACCAGAGAAGGUGAAGCCAUUUAUCAUAAGGUUCAUUCAGCAGCUUUGUCAAUAGCAGAGCAACACGAGCGGUUACUACAGAGUGUCAAGAAUUCAAUGCUUCAAAUGAGGAUGAGUGAAAGGACAGUGUCUCUUAAUACUAUGGUUCCACUGCCACGCAGUGCAUAUUGGCAGCAUAUUACAAGACAGCACAGUACAGGACAGCUAUACAGCCUGCAAGACCUCUCAAAUCCACAAAAACUUAAUCGAACGGACACUUUUCCUACAUACAGAUCGGAGCACUGAUAAACACUGGGGAGGACUUCUUGAUUAAAUUAAACAACAACAAAAAAUGUUUGGAGCUGGACAAGAAAGCUUGGAUUUCUUAUCUCCUGAGAAUGGCAAGAAGAUCACCAUCAAUUCAGCCUGGAUAUUUCUAUAUUCUGAAAUGCAACUUUUUUUACCUUCACCAAGAAUGCGCUUUUACACAUUCAGGAAUUUUUACCAUAUUUGAUCAUAAAACUUGGACAGUUCAAUAUUUACUGUUUGUAUCAGGCAAAAUCAUUGCAAAUACCCUGUAGGUUAUAGGGGGUAAUUCAGACCUGAUUGCUAGCAAGUGAUUUUUGCACUGCUGUGAUCAGAUAGUCGCCGCCCACAGGCGGAUUGUACUUUAGCUGUGCAAGUGUGCGAACGCAUGUGUAGCAGAGCUGUACAAACAGAUCUUGUGUAGUCUCUGCGCAGCCCAGGACUUACUCAGCCACUGCGAUCACAUCAGCAUGUCCGGGACCGGAAUUGACGUCAGGAACACUCCCUACAAACGUUUGGACAUGCCUGCGUUUUUCCAACCACUCCCUGAAAAUGGUCAGUUGCCACCCACAAAUGGCUUCUUCCUGUCAAUCUCCUUGCGAACGCCCAUGCAAAUGGAUUCUUUGCACAAACCCAUCAUUGAGCGGUGAUCCGCGUUGUACCCGUGCGAUGCACCUGCGCAUUGCAGUGCAUGCGCAGUUUAGACCUGAUCGCCUGCUGUGCGAAAACACAGACUAGCGAUCAGGUCUGAAUUACCCCAUAGUUAGGUAGCCUGUGGCUCUCCAGGGUGCUGAACAUUGCCAGGGAGCCUUGGGUUGCUGAAACUGGCUGUAGAUGUUUGUCUUGUUGAACUUUUUUGUGGGCUAUGUUUUUGUGCAGUACCACCAUGUUCUAAAAGAGUUUUAUCUUC